CGCAGUCACUGUGAGUGCUGGAGGGCGCGGCUCGUCAGUCGCAACAAUAGCUGCGCUCGCCGCCGCAGCGACAGCUGUCGGUCUCUCAUGGGUCGGCCUGAGAGGGCUCCGUCAAUGGGCCAGGCGCGCACACAGAUGUGCGCCGGCCGCCGCCGGGUGGCGGAGCUUGUCGUGGAGCAGCGUAUUUACCGGCGGGAAACGCGGGGAAUCAGAGAGGGAGAGAGCGCGCGUGGAGCAUCUGGUUCCGCUGGUGGAACGGUCGUCGAGCUCGGGCAAAGUGAAACGGAUCGAGCGAUUCGGGGAAUACGUUGUGCGCCAGCUGGGCCUGCCGACGGACUUAGCAGCGGUGUCGCUACUAGCGCAGGCGGCCGACGACUACGUGCGGGGCGAUAAGAGCAGAUCCGAUAAGAGCCGCGAGAACCUGCUGGCGCUCGUCGCGCAGGCGGGGCGGGGGCGCGCGGACGGGGGGCAGGGGGGCAUGGCCGGGGAGGGGCUGGGCGCGGGGGAGGGGGAAGGGGUGAGCGCGGAAGCAUUGAACGAGGAGGAGGUGGAGCGGGUGGGGGCGGAGCUGAUCGCGGAGCUGGACACGUGCAUGCUGUCGUACUUCGGGUUUCAUUGGGAAAGCUCCGCGCUCAUGAUCGAACAGGUGUUUCGAGGGCCGACCAGCAAGCUGCACUUGAGGGAUGCUGUGAACGCUGUCAUCCGCCAGCGGCGCUUCAACGAGGCCAUCACGUGUCUGCGCCCGCAGCAGAAGUUCUCGCAGCUGCUGGAGGAGAUGAAGGUCCUCGGCUGCGGACCCGGCCAUCCGGGAGCGAAUUCUUGGGGAGCGGGCCAGGGAGGAGCGAGUGAGGGGGGGCUCGGUCAGGGUGGAUCCAGUCAGGGGGGAUCCAGUCAGGGGGGACCUGGUCAGGGGGGGCCCGGUGAGGGGGGCAGCCGAUCAGAGGGCAUUACUGGGGCGGAGGGCAGUGGAGCAGUGGGGAAUGAAGGCGUGGGUAGCAGCCAUGAGGGUGCUGCUCCCAGCACCGACUCCCCCCCUCACUCCCUCUUCCACUUCCCCACUUCCUCUCCCUCUCACUCCCCUUCUCAACCACGGUCACCCUCUCACUCGCCCUCUCACGCCCGCUCCCCCUCCCACCCACGUGCUGCUUCAAGCGUGGAGGUCCCCAGGGAGGGCGAGGUGAUGGUGCCGGCUGCGCCGUCCGUGCGAUCGCCCGUGCUGCUGCUGAUUGGCGGGGGCAUGGGCGCUGGCAAGUCAACGGUCGUUAAAGAGAUCAUGAAGCGCACCUUCUGGGCGCGCAUGGCGCCCCACGCAGUGGUGGUGGAAGCCGACGCCUUCAAGGAAAAGGACGCCAUUUUCCGCGCUCUCUCCGCUGACCGGCUGAGCGACGCCGCCCGGAUCUCCCAGCUCGUCCACGAGGAGUCGACCCGGGCGGCGCAGUCAACGCUGGUAACCGCGCUGAACGAGGGGCGGGACGUGAUAUUCGACGGGACCAUGUCAUGGGCGCCGUUCGUGCAGCAGACGAUUGGCAUGGCGCGACGGGUGCAUGAGAGGCGCUUUAGGAUGGGGCCUGGGUACCAGGUGAAGGAGGAUGGGAGUGUGGUGGAGCGGUAUUGGGAAGAGGUGGAGGAGGAGGAGGACGAGGAGGAGGAGGAGGACGAGGAGGUGGGGAGGAGGGAAAGUGGGGAGGAGGGGGGCAGUGAGAGGGGGAAGGGGGAGGGGAAGGGGGAUGAAGUGGGGGAGGGGAGGGGGGAGAAGCAGCAGGAAGGGGAGAGCCAGCACUGCAGGCCCAAGAGACACAGCAGCCCUAGACGAGUGUUGGGAGGAGGGAAGGCGGGGAGAGGCGUGGGUGGGGUGGGCAGCAGUGGCAGCAGUAGCAAGGGGAAGGGAGGAAGUGGGGGAGGGGACCGAGUGGGAGCGUGGCAGAGGGAGAGGCAGGAGCACCAGCUGCCGUACCGCAUCGAGCUGGUGGGGGUGAUGUGCGAUGCUCACCUUGCCGUGGUUCGGGGCAUGAGGCGUGCCAUUCUGACCAGGAGAGGAGUGCCGGUGCAUGAGCAGCUGCGGUCGCACAAGCUGUUUGCAUCUAAUGUGGAGGCCUACUGCGACCUCGUGGACGUGGCAACGCUCUACUCCACCAACCACGUGGGCGGCCCGCCGCAGCUCAUAGGGUACAAGGAGGGCACCUCGCCUCCACGGAGCGCAGCAGCCACUCCACCCACCAGUCCCACCAGCAGAAGUUCACCACGCACAAGCCUCACACCACCUGCAUCCACGCCCCCCAGCACCGGUGCCAUCUGCAGCGGCGGCGUGUGCAGCCAUCUGCUGGUGGACUCCGGGGCGUUUCACCUGGUCAACGACCUGAAGCGAGUCAACCCCCGCGCCUCUAGCGUCCUAGAGCUAUACCAGAAGGCAGCUGGGGAGGGGGAAGAGGAGGGGGGUGGGGAGGGUGUUAGGAAGGAUGACAAGAAAAGGGAGGGUGGAAUGGGCAGAAGAAAUAAGUGGUGGCUGUUUGACUGGUGGCAGUUGCUGUCGCUCUGGGCAGGGCGGGCAGCACGGGCAGGCGAGGAAAGAUUUGGUCCGGGCAGCACGUGGAGGGAGGUGGUGCUGGCUGAGGAUCGGGCGGCGCGACAGGCGCGACUGAGGGAGGCGUUUACUGAGCUGCAGGCGUGCCUGUGGCCCGCGGCGCGCAGCAACCACAGCAUCACGUCUUCCACCAGCUUCACCACACUCCACUCCCUUGCACGAACCCCCAACCCUUCCCCCAACCCCGCUCCUCCUCCUUCCCCUUCCUCCUCCGCUUCCCUGUCCCACCAUACCGACUCAGCAAAGCAUGCCCAGUCUACACACACUGUUUCGGUUGAUACCACAGAGGCCAGGGAUGAAGGUGAAUGGGGGAGGGGAGUGACAUGGGAAAUGAAACAAGGAGGCCACGGAUGAAGGUGCAAACCAGCGUGCGUACAAUUCCUCCCUUACCGUAGGAUCACCACCCGAGUCUCAGCCGGAGCUCCGGGCUUCGGUGCCGGCAGGUUCGUUGACUGGCUCGGCAGUCCGAGCCUCUGACAAGCGUGCUUCCUUCAACUGAUACCCGCAGGAUUGACUGGUUCAGGGACCGACUAGGCAGUCCUGUGAUGGUGUGUAGUAGGUGCAGCUCCGUGCGAAUGAAUCAGUGUUCUGUAGCCUUUGCCUUGGGCUAUCACAACAUGCCUCACGCUUCAGGCAUCUCAUAUGUGUAGUAGGUAUAGGGUGGUACUUCUUUGAUGUCCUAGUGGAUUUCCUCGGCUCGGCAGUUGUGCCCCGUCGCUACAAACCAGUAGC